AUGAUCACCACAGCCGCGCUGAACAUUUCGUGCUCGUGCACAGAAUGCAACAGUUUCCUGCGCCCCAUCUCAGAAUCAACCACCCCGCAAGGCUCAGGCAAAGAGCAAACAAAGAGCAAAAUCCAGGAUCUGUAUUCACCACUUGAAAUCGACGCCGAUCAUGCGUCGCGCGAGUACAUGUCGAUCAUGACUGCGUUCACAGCGCCGUUCGUUCCAUUUGUGCCAACGACGCCGGGACUUCUGCGCUGCACGCAUGUAAUAAGCACAGAGCGCAUCCCGGUUGUUCCUGGACUGGGUCAGCAAGGAAGCAGAGAAGCAAGCCACUGCGCCGUCGGUAUUGCGAGCGAGGAAGACUUCGAUCUGGGAAGAUGCGGCUUUGAACAGGGCGAAGAUGUGGGCACGACAUAG